CUGUGUUUUAUUUCUUUUGGUUUUCUACCCUCUCUCGGCAAUUCUUGAUUUUCCGGCGAGUCAAAAAACUUCGUUUUCGCGGAAACGUUUGGGAUAAUUGUUGUGUUGGUUUAGAGUUUAGUGUAGGGGAUUUGUGGGAUUUUGAAUUUAUGCUGAAAAAUCCUAUCUUUUUGUGUUUUUGAACUUGAGAAGAUCGAUUUUCCGGUAGGGAUUGAUUGUUAGUCAAUGGCGGAGGCGGAAGAACUUCGGGGGAUGGGGUGUUUCUCGUUGGCGAGAGAUCCGUUGAAUUUGUGCGUUAACGGCGGCAGUUUUCCGGCGAAUUUUGAUCGGAGAAUACAGACGAAGGAGAGAAACGGCGGCGGGGCGGUGGCCGGAGGGGAGGAGGGGGAGAUUGAGCUCAGCCUAGGGCUUUCACUGAACGGGAAAUUCGGGGUGGACCCGAAUAGAGCCCAGAAGCUGAAACGCUGUUCUUCAAUAUCGAGCUUCGCGUUGAACGGAGAAGGCACGGGGGCGCGUGCAUUCUCUCCGUACGCGCCGCCGCUGAGUAGGACGUGCUCGUUGCCGGCGGAGGCGGAGACGGAGGAGGAGUGGCGGAGGAGGAAGGAGGCGCAGUCGCAGAAGCGCCUGGAGGCGAAGAGGAAGCGGAUGGAGAAGAUGAAAAACGUGAGGGUUGUGAGGGAGAAACUAGACAAAGAAGAUCCUCAUUUUGAAGAAAAUGGGAGCUCAAAUGGGAAUGGUUUGAUUCCAGUUUUGAGUAAUGGGAAUGCAUUGCCUUCCUCACAGGGCUCCUCAGUUUCACAAGGCAGUGGAUCUUCUGGAGUUUCUGAUUUUGACAGUCAACCUUUACAAGUGUGUGGUAAGAAUGUUGAAGCCCCAAGCCCUUCCAGCGUUCACUCCCGGGAGCUCGAGCAGAGGCCCGCCACCAUCCCUUCAAGCGUUCACUCCCAGGAGCUCGAGCAGAGGCCCGCCACCAUCCCCUCAAGCCUCCACUCCCGGGAGCUCGAGCAGAGGCCCGCCACCCUCCCCUCAAGCCUCCACUCCCGGGAGUUCGAGCAGAGGCCCGCGACAGUCCUCGAACCUGCAGUGAAUAACUCAGGCAACUCGGGGAAGGAUUGCAAGGAAGUGGUGAGGAAUGCAAUGUUUAACAUGCCUUGUGUGACAACGAGAGGGGACGGGCCUAACGGGAAGAAGAUAGAGGGGUUUUUGUACAGAUAUCGGAAGGGGGAGGAAGUGAGGAUAGUGUGCGUCUGCCAUGGGAGCUUUCUGUCGCCAGCAGAGUUCGUGAAGCAUGCCGGGGGCGGUGACGUAGCGCACCCGUUGAAGCAUAUCAUCGUUACGCCGUCGUGUCUGUUUUAAUGCCGCCUGGAGAGGAGAAUUCCUGUAAUGGUUACACUCCAAAAAUGGAGGGUGCGAUUUGAGUUAAAUGUUGCAUAUUUCCUCUUUCUGUAUGCAAACAGAGCUCGCAAGAGCGCAGUUAUCAGUAGAUUUUGAUUUUUACCCUAUUCAAAACCCUAUGCAUUUGUACAGAUUUCAGAUAUAGCAUGUACCCAGCUUCCCCAUGGAACUUCCAACUGUUCUUUAUGACCUUAAACCCUACAGUGAUUGGUAAAUUCGGGUAUGAGAGUAUGUAUUAUUAGAAAA